AUGAGUUUAACGGAAAACGAAGCGAAAAUUAGGCGAAGAACUAUAAAGGCUUCUGCCACACGAUUGCGUAGUUAUGUAGAAUCUCCGCAAGCCGAGCAUGCAACAAAGUUUGAAUUGAUUGAACGUAAGAAAAAGUUAGCGGACUUAUUUCAGCAAUUCGAUGAAGUCCAAUCAUCCAUUGAAUGUUUUGAUUCGAGCCUUGAUGAUCCAAACACAACCGCGGCACAUGCUGAAGAGCGUGCUCGGUUUGAGGAAGCAUACUUUCACCUCAUGGCGAUUUAUGAACGACGUAUCAGUCAGCUUGAACAUGCGGAUAUUAACUUUCAAUUUGCUAAUAAUAAUAAUUUUAAUCAAGCUGCACCACGAAACAACACAGAGUCACAAAUUAAGUUACCAAGAAUUCAAUUACCUACAUUUUCGGGUGCUUAUGAAGAUUGGUGCACGUUUCAUGAUUCGUUCGAUAAUCUUAUACAUAAUAAUGCGAGUCUAUCAGCAAUACAAAAAUUUCAUUAUUUACGUUCGUCAUUAAAGGACAAGGCUGCUGAGGUUAUUAAGGCCUUUGACAUUACAGUUGAUAAUUAUACUGAAGCUUGGAAGUUGCUUAAUGAGCGUUUUGAUAAUAAGAAGCGUAUAGUUCAAACACAUGUUAGGGCAAUGUUUGAGAUAACUCCAAUUCAUAAGGAAAAUUAUACCGCCUUGCGGAAUUUGCUUGAUAACGUACUUAAACAUUUCAGAGCUCUUAAGGCCCUUCAAAGGCCGGUAGAAUCUUGGGACGACAUGAUGGUCCAUUUGGUAGUGGCCAAGCUUGAUUCUUCUACAGUUAAAGAGUGGCAGACAAGUCGUGUGGACAACGCAAUACCUACUUUCAAGGAACUUACUGAUUUUUUAGCACAGAGAUGUGAGGCUUUGGAAGCUACCUUUAACAAGUCAUUAACAUUACGAUCAAAUUGUGAAUCUCCGAACAGUUCUCGAGAGGCCAAGAAUCCUAGUUCACAUGUAAGCACAUCGAAUCAGGUUUGUGUUCAUUGCAAAAAUAAUCAUUUCAUAUUUCAAUGUGAGGCAUUCCGCAAAUUACCUGUUGAAAAACGUUUUGAAGUCGUAAAAAAUUCACAUUUAUGCAUUAAUUGUUUGAAAGCUAAGGGACAUCAAGCAAAGGAUUGUAUGUCUAGUUCUUGUCGAAAAUGUGGAAAGUCACAUAAUACGUUAUUACAUUUUGAGUCUAAGGCUAACACAACAAAUAUUGAAAAUCAAUCUUCUAACGAUUCUUCCAAAACAACUAAUGUGUCAUUGUCAGAGUCUACAUCGCCAGUAGUUACUCAAUGCACUCAAGUCAAUGCAUCUAAGAUUUUUCUUUCUAUCGCUAUAGUUACUGUGUACGAUGAUCAAGGACAGCCUCAUGGCUACAGAGCCUUGUUGGACAGCGGUUCGCAAUUAAAUUUUAUUACACAAAACUUAGCGAGCAAGUUGGGGCUUAACUGUCGUGCAAUAAACAUGUCGAUUUGUGGAGUCGCGGAAGGAACAUUUGGAUCAAAGGAAAUAACUAAUGUUAGUUUUCGAUCGCGAAUCAAUAAGUAUACGAAUAAUCUUGAAUGCGUAGUCCUUCCUAAAAUCACGCAAAACUUACCACAAGAAUUUUGUCCAAUGUCUGAGUUUAAGCUUCCAACAAAUAUUGUUCUUGCAGAUCCUAAUUUUAAUAUUCCUAGUGAGGUCGACUUACUCAUAGGGGCUCAGAUGUUUUGGCAGCUCAUUUGCAUAGGUCAAAUUAAGGCGUGCAGGGCGCAUCCCACGCUACAAAAAACUAAACUUGGUUGGGUGGUUUCCGGUUCUACAUACGGACACUCGAACAGCAUGGCAGUUGCAUCCUGUCAUAUUACUUCAAUUAAUAAUUUAGAAAAAUGUCUGUCCAGAUUCUGGGAGGUCGAACAUGAUGUCGCUUCCGAAUGUAAAGUUCAAUACACUUCUGAAGGGCAAAGAUGUGAAACACAAUUUCAAGAAAAUGUUUCUCGCGAUCCUGAAGGUCGUUUCAUAGUCAAAUUGCCCAUUAACGAUGAUAAAAUGCAACAGUUAGGCGAGUCUUAUGAAAUUGCAAAGCGUCGUUUCCUCAAAUUAGAAAGGCGUUUAUCUUUUCAACCGGAAGUAUAUUCACAAUAUAAAAAAUUCAUGCAAGAGUAUAUUGAUUUGAAUCACAUGCGCGAGAUAAAAUUGUCUACAAAUCAAGAAGUAGCUUAUUACUUGCCACAUCAUCCAGUGUUUAAAGAAAGUAGUACGACGACAAAAUUAAGAGUAGUAUUUGAUGCUUCAUGCAAAAGUGCAUCGGGAUUGUCAUUGAAUGAUGCAUUAUUGGUUGGUCCGACUAUUCAGGAGGAUCUAUUUUCACACUUAGUGCGUUUCCGCACAUUUCGAUAUGCAAUGACUGCAGAUAUAACUAAAAUGUAUAGGCAAAUUUUGGUGGAUGAAUCUCAACGACAUUUGCAGCGUAUUUUUUGGCGCAAUGCUCCUCAAGAUGAGCUGAGAAUUUUCGAACUCUUAACUCUUACAUAUGGCACUGCUCCAGCCUCAUUUCUCGCUAUUAGGACUAUACGAAAGCUUGCAGAAGACGAAAUAAAUUCAUUUCCUGUCGGUUCAAAGACAAUAUUACGUGAUUUCUAUGUAGAUGAUUUGCUCACAGGCGCAUCUACUCUCCAAGAGGCAUUGGAAAUAAAAACACAAACUAUCGAAUUGUUAAAAAGGGGAGGUUUUGAGCUGAGAAAAUGGUCAUCCAAUAGUUCAUCGCUUCGAGAUGCACAGGGAACUCAUAAGAAAAGGUUCAUUUUGGCUGGGGAUCAUGGAUUACUAGGACCAUCUAUCGUAAUUGCUAAAAUCAUAAUGCAAGAGUUAUGGCGCGCUAAAGUUGAUUGGGAUGAGUCAAUAUCCCACGAAUUACAUACACGUUGGAAGGAAUAUGAGCAUAAAUUACAGAGUCUUGGUAGUAUUGAAAUUUCACGCAAGGUUAUCACAUCUGAUGAUGUACAAGUCAGGGAAAUUCAUGGUUUUUCAGAUGCAAGCCAACAAGCAUAUGGUGCAUUUAUGUACAGCUGCGAGGAAAUAUCACAAGAGCUGGUGAUAGAGGUGUGGCGAUGCUUAUUCGGAGCAGCUUGCGUUUUGACCCUAUUGAUCUGUUCGCCUUUUCCCACCCAUCAUGGGAAAUCCAGGGAGCCACAUUUAUAA